GAUUACUAAGAAAACUGUGUAAUCUGUGUUUGAUGCAAGUGUAAAUAUUGGUGAAUUAAUUUAUUUUUAGAAAAUUAACUAGAAAAUUAGUUUUUUUUUCUUUUAAGUAACUAAAUCACGAAUGUCAGCAUAGAGGAUUUAAUACUGUUCAAAUAUUGUGAACUUAAUUAGCGUCACUUCCUAACUUCCUCACUCAAUACCAUUGAGAUUCAGGAAGCUGAAAAAGUGUUCACGUUAUUUCGUGAAUAAACACAUUGAAUUUUGAUUAGUCAUUGAUCUGUGUAAUUGAUUUAUAAUAAUUAUGAGGUUAGCUUUUCAAUGCAUGCUUACUCCACGAUUAUACAAGAUCUACAGAGAUGGCCCCAAAGAGAGCAUGUACGAGCCGCGGGGUCUGGAAAAAUGGAGUGAUAAAGUAAUAUCAACGACAAACACCUUGUUCAACAUCGGACUAUACACGUCGCCGUUCAUCUGUCUCUACGUGUACCGCCGGGGUUUCUUUUCCUCUGACGAAGCACGUUUUCUGAUGCGCUGCUUCUGGGGGCUAGGCAGUCUGUUCGCAUUCUGCUACAUCGCUCGUGGCAUCGGCCGCGCCGCUAAUCCAAGAUACGUCGCGUUCGCUAAAACUCUGGCCAUGCCGUCCAGUGAAAGACGCAACUUCCUCGAUAGUAUUAGGCGGUACGACUUCGACUUCACGUACUGGCCAAUAAGUUACAGCGUCAGUUCACCUUCUGCUGUACCUUGGUACCGAAGACGUCCUUUCCAACAUACAGCAAAUCCUGACCUCCCAAUGUACCAACGUGUUGGCAUUCAGAUUUUAGCUUACAUCGCUACUCACACGUUUGGAAUACGGCUAAUCUACCCAGGCUCUCUAGCACUUAUCAACCACCUACUUUCGAACGAGCUGUUCAAAGGCAGAACUUAUCUGGUAGAAAAUUUUAAUGGUAUGCGUGCAAAGGUACAAACAGCAGACUUGAACACUAUAGAUACAAUGUUUAUCGACAACCGCUCUAAAAAUCCGUUAAAAGGCAAGACUUUGGUGAUUUGUUGCGAAGGCAACUCAGGUUUCUACGAGAUAGGUAUUAUGACAACACCUGCCAAAGCGGGAUAUUCGGUGCUGGGAUGGAACCAUCCUGGAUUUGCUGGAAGUACUGGACGACCUUACCCUAGUCAAGAGCAUAACGCCAUUGAUGCAAUAAUUCAGUACGCGGUCACGGAACUGAACUUCAAGCCUGAAGAUAUUGUGAUGUAUGGGUGGAGCAUCGGCGGGUAUACUGCCGCGUGGGCAGCCGUAAACUACCCCGCUGUAAAGGGCCUGGUUUUGGACGCAACUUUCGACGAUUUAUUACCGCUGGCUGAGAACCAAAUGCCAGCCUCGUGGUCUCUCCUGGUGAAGGAGGUGGUCCGAUGCUAUGUGGACCUGAAUGUAGCCGAGUGGGUGAUCAAGUACAACGGACCGGUGCAGCUCAUACGCCGAACGGAUGACGAAAUCAUUUGCCUCAGGCCCGGUCAACUGGCGAGCAACCGCGGUAACCAUCUUCUAGUAAAAAUAGUGGAACAUCGACACCGUAGCAUAAAUUCCAACACUCGGGACGCUUUGUAUAGACUUGUGUCCCUACAGGACCAGCAACGAGCUUCCUUAAACUAUACCAGUGUUAACGAGCACGAGUUACGAGCUCUUCGGCUGAUCGGCACUUACCUUCACGACUUUAAAUCCACACACUGCGUCCCGCUAUCAGAACAGCACUUCGAGGGCGUCAUGGAAGCCAUAACGGACAUGGCUAAAGCUAAGGAAUAAAUUCAUAAUAAUUAUACCAGUAAAAGAAAAGCGGACGAUUGAUAGAGAGAACUGAUCAUUCCUUGCUCAGACAUUUUUCAACCUCAAGUAAGCAUUUGAUAUGCCCUUUUAUACUAUAGACAAGUGCAAUUUAUUGAACAAUCUUUUUAUUCUUAUUCAUUUCUAUAUUAAUGAUUUUACAUAUUAAAAAUUGCUAGUUUCAAUAAAAAUAAUUGGUUUGAUCAAUGUUACAUUAUUAAAACAUGGUAUGUAAUUUAUUGGGUGUAAUGACACAUCAUUUCUAAGCUUUAAAACGAAUAUUUGAAAAUAUUUUUCGAUGUAACAUAAAAUAUACUUAAUAUUUUAUGACAUUGUUAGUUUUUGUUAUUUACUGAAUAAUUUAUAAAUUUUAGAUAUUCAAUUUUAGUGUUCAAUGCAUACCUAGGUAGCUGCACGUCAUUUACAAUCAGAUAUUAUAGGUACACCUAUUAAUUUAUUAUAUGCAUGUCACAAGUAUGAAUGUCACUUGACUAAUUUUAAUUUAACUUAAUAUUUUAAUUAAAUUAUGUGCAUUUAUUAAAUUUUACAGUAUGUUGCGUAUUUUACCUUUGUUUAUUCUUCUUAUAACUACAAAUUUAUAACAUAUGUAUGUCGUCUCGAUGUUAGUACAGAUAAGAUUAAUGUCAACUACAAAUAAAAUUACUUAUUUUCAUUUAAAAGAAUCUGUAUAUCUCAUAUCAAUUUAGGUGAUUCGGUAAUUCACAAAUAGACAAUGCGUUCAAAUAUUUUAAAUGUGUUAGUGGACUUGCCGUUUGUGAAUAAAAUAGGUAGCUACCCAUCUAACCAGUAAAUAAUCACAACAGACUUACUGCCACUCUCUGGGAUGUCAAUUAAGUUUAAUGCUCGUUAAAAUUCCGCGUUGUCUUAUACUUCUACAUCACAUAAUAAAUGACAGCGUCAACUAUAAUCAAACUUAAAAAAAUAUUGGCAUCUCAAGAGUGCGAUUAAAAAGACUUUUCACUUAUCAAAGCUACUAUUUUCUCAAGGCAUUAACUAAAAUCUCUUUUUUUGAAAUAUUACAGCGUGCGCUGC